AUGCUCUACGUGACUCAAGGCAGUGGUGCCUUGACAGCAACAGUAUAUUCUUUGCCAUCUCCUUGUGGCAGAGAUAAAGAAGUUUGCGUGCAGCCAGAUGGGGGUCCAGUGACCUUUGAGGAGGCAUCCGUGUAUUUCACAGAGGAGGAGUGGGUGCUGCUGGAUCCGGAUCAAAGAAGCUUUCUCAAGGAAGUUAUGGAAGACAGUUGUCAGAAUGUGGCCUCUUCGGAACCUGAUUGUCCCCAGAACAAGUUGAAGGGAGAACCUCAGCAGCUCCCACUAGAAGGGAAAGAGCAAAGGGGAAGCACUGGAACAAAACGGAAGAGGGGGAAUAAAUCUUCCGCUUCUCAAGAUGCUAAAUCCCAGGACGCCCCGCUGUACCAUGGAAGGAUCAGUUGUCCUGCGUGUGGAAAAACAUUCAUUUAUCAAUCAGUGUUUGAUAUGCACUGGAGAAACCACACAGGGGAGAAACCAUAUAAAUGUUUGGAAUGUGGAAAGAGCUUUGCUCAGAGUACCAACCUUAUCACUCAUCAAUUAAUCCACACGGGGGAGAAACCAUAUAAAUGUUUGGAGUGUGGAAAGAGCUUUGCUCGGAAUGACGCUCUUACUAUUCAUCGACGAGUCCACACAGGGGAGAAACCAUAUAAAUGCUUGGAUUGUGGAAAGAGCUUUGCUCGGUGUUCAGAGCUUACUGCCCAUCGACGUGUCCACACAGGGGAGAAACCAUAUAAAUGCUUGGAAUGUGGAAAGACAUUUUCUUAUAAUGCUGCACUUUCUGCCCAUCGACGAAUCCACACAGGAGAGAAACCAUAUAAAUGCUUGGAGUGUGGAAAGAGUUUUUCUUAUAAUGCCGCGCUUUCUGCCCAUCGACGAAUUCACACAGGGGAGAAACCAUAUAAAUGUUUGCAGUGUGGAAAGAGCUUUGCUCGCAGUGACACCCUUUCUGAUCAUCAGCGUAGCCACGCAGCAGAGAAACGAAAUAAAUGCUUGGAGUGUGGAAAGAGCUUUGUUCGGAGUUCAGACCUUACUGUUCAUCAACGAAUUCACACAGGAGAGAAACCCUUCCAGUGUUUGGACUGCAAAAAGAGAUUCAGACAGAAGUCGAGUCUUGUUUACCAUCAAGUAAUCCACACGAGAGAAAUCACAUAAAUGCUUGGAAUGUGGAAUGAUCUUGGAUUGGCGUUAGAGCUUACUGACCAUCGACUGAUCCACACAGGGUAGAAACCACAUUAAUGCACUGAGCAUGGAAAGAGCUUUGCUCAAGAGUUUAGGGCUUAUUGUCCAUUGAUGAAUCCACAUAGAAGAGAAACCAUGUGAAAGC